AUGAGUGUUGUUGCCAGUAGACCAGGGAACCCUGCUUUGCCCUACUCAAUCCCUCAGGAUGCGGCGGCUUGCAAGGAGUUUGCCGUCACGGUGCAGCCGGUAGCCUCGAGAACUUCCUCCGUCUCUUCUUAUCGCACCAAUUAUACCACCUCGACCGCGCCAACGGGGUACACGCCUUCGUCGCCAGCCUCGUCCUAUCGCCAAUUCGACUCGCAAGGAUCAAUUCCUAAAUACGUCGAGCCUGUUCAACGGCGAAUCCCUCAGGAGGUGUACGAUGUGAUUUUGAACGGCCUGGAAACUCUGCACAAGGCGCCGCACCAGACAGGUUGUACAACAUGUUUUCAACGCGACCUGCAUGCCUUGUCCUUGACCUGUCGGUCAUGGGAGAAGGCCGUCCGAGGACGACUUUAUACACAAAUUCAUAUUGUCGGGAACGAUUCCCCGGCUCAAUUGAAGCGGUACCGUCUUAAGAGGGGUAGCCGUUUGAAGUUGCUCAGACGCACUCUGCGCGAACGGAAUAUGCUGGCCAAUCUUGUUCGCGAACUACGCGUUCCCCAGAUGGAUCUGCUCUUCACCACAACAAAGCAAAGCGCGCAAUGGCAAGAAUAUCGAGAUUUGGUAGCGUCUGUGGUGAUGGUGUGCCCGAACUUAGAACGACUUCUGGGCUUGUCCAUCCCUUACCACCACGAAUUUGACCGCCUGACCUAUGCCCUGUCAACGCGCAAGCGACUGAAGGAGCAUACCUGGGUUCUGGGCGAAGCGGCAGAGGUUACAGAGCUGUCUCCUCGAGGCGACUCCUGCCCUGGCAGCUUGGGACCUUCUCAAAUGUUCGAGUUCCUGGAUUACCAUGUUUCAUGGAGUAACUUGGAGACGUUGAUGCUGUAUGGUUUGAACGGAAACGGUGCUUUGGAGCCAAGUAUUUUCCUGCGCAUGUUCGAUCUUCUGCCCUCGCUACGAAACCUCUGCAUCACGUCUUUCAAUGAGGACGCGUUUGCGGAUAGCACUUUGCUGUGUCUGCCCCCACUGGACUCUUUGCGGUUGGAGAACCUGCCCGGUGUGACUGAUGCUGGUAUUGCACAAUAUGCCAUGCGACCAGAGUCCCAGUCGCUCAAGUCUUUUGUCAUGGUGGAGCAGAACAUUGAAUCAUUGCUGGUCAUUUCCAAGGUUCUCGCGUCUCUAAGGCAACUUGAGCGGUUCAAGUUUGUCCAAAGUGAGAAAUGCCCUACUCUGGAGGACGAAGGGAUGCCUCAAGUUCCUUCACUGGGACGUCGCCUGUCCGGACCCCGGUACGGCACUCACUCAACUCGACCACCCCCUUUCCAACAACCUCCGAAACACAUCGAUACCCCCAACUCCCAUCUCGCCCAAAGCAUUCUCGCUGCCGGCUUUCCGUGCCUCGAAACUAUUCGCGCACCCAACGACGUCCAGCCUCCGGGUGCAUUGCAGGCCGUGUGCCGACCCAUUCCCAAGGGCCAAGCACUACUGCGCCCGGACCGAUAUAGUCUACCUCGAAGCUCGCAUGGCUCUGUUAGUAUUCGACCUCUUGCAUUGCCGGCCGGAAACAACUUGACCUCGUCUCGAAUUCGCGCGCAAACAUUCAUCGACAUGGCCGCCAAGGACACGGAAACAGGCAUGCCGGUGGUGAUUGAGGAUUACUCUGAUGAGUAUGUCCCUGACAAUGCGUUGGCUGGAUCCUUCGAAGAAGAGCCGGAACCUGAGAUCGAUGAUUACGGUAUCUGGGCUGCAUCCGAGCGGUAUAAGCAUGCACCUCCCGAGCCAGAAGGUGAUGCGCCAAAGUUGGUAUACAGAUUUCGGAUGCCUGCUUUCAUGGGUCGUUCGGGAGUCAUGGAUCCGGUGACAGGCGCUUCGAUUCCCCGAUUCCUUCUUCGUCCCGAUAUUUCCGGCCAGGAAACAGAAGGAGGUUUGAUUGGGUGGAAGCAGCUCCUUGCAUCCAACCAGUCACUAUCAUAUGCCGCCGGCAUGGGUGUAAAUUGCUUUGAUAACAAAGACAAACCCACCUUCAACCCACCGAUUGAGGAGAUUGCGUCUCCUUCAUCCACAACCACCUCCCGAUUUGGCUGGGGAAGCCUGGGCGGCCGGUCGACCGGCACUCCUGCAACCCCUACAACCCCGAUCACUCCAAUGAGCAGCGCACCGUCAGCGGCUCUACCCUGGGAAAAGGACACCUGCACCGGCUCUUGGAACCACAAAACGGGACGGGACUGGUGGUUCCAUAUGGAGCGCGAUCGUCCUGGCAACUCGGAGCUUAUCGACGUGAAGCAACUCUUCUAA